AUGUUUCGAAAUCUAAUUCCUCUGAUUGCUACGCACUUCCAUGUAAUCUCCCCCGACCUUCCAGGAUUUGGAUUCACGACCGUGAGCAAAGAUUAUAUCUAUACUUUCAAUAACUUAACCACCACUAUUUUCAAUUUUGUCAAAGCCAUCAGUUUGUCCAAAUAUAUCCUGUAUAUAUUUGAUUAUGGCUCUCCCGUGGGAUUGAGGUUGGCUCUCAAGGAUCCUUCAUCAGUUUCUGGCUUGAUUGUCCAAAAUGGAAACGCGUAUGAAGAAGGAUUGGACGACAGAUUCUGGGAUCCCCUAAGAGAGUAUUGGAGGUCGGAUCAGAACAAUCUGAUGUUCUUAGAAAAAUUGGAAGGCUUCGUUCAGGACCCGAAAAAUGUAACCUGUCAAUACUAUGAUGGUGUUCCUAAUCCAGAGAUUGUUGAUCCAUCUGGUUAUACUUUGGACAUCGCUUUGAUAGAGCGGCCAAAUCAACCUGAUAUUCAAGUCAAGCUUUUUUACGACUACAAAAAUAAUGUGGCGAUGUACCCUAAAUUUCAAGAAUUCUUUAGGUCAUGCGAUUUCCCAGUGCUUGUCGCUUGGGGUAAAAACGACAUCAUUUUUACGGCUGCGGGCGCUGAGGCCUAUAAGAAAGAUUUAAAAAACGUGACCCUAAGGUUUUAUGACACUGGCCAUUUCGCUUUGGAAACGCAUGCUUCCGAAAUUGCUCAUGACAUUAUUCAGUUGUUUGGGCCUUCCACCUUGCCACAAGGGGAGUAA